AUGCACCAUGGGGCCCCUACAGAUAUGCCAUUUGUGCCCCGUGGUGCGCAGCAACCUCAACAACACCAGCAGCAUCACCAUGUAGGCUCACCCGCCAUGAGGGAAGCGGCGGCUCAUAUCCCGGAUGUUCACCAUCAUCAACCGUUACUUAUAAACCCUCACCAGAUGGUUCCAUCUCCAAUGUCUUCUCACUUCGGUGCCAAUCCCCUCCAAUUUCAAGCACCGCGUGCAGCGAAACGUCCGAGAUUAGACGGAGGUGAUGGAAACGAAGAUGAGCAUCGAUUAGAUCUACAUCUUCAAAUGCUCAAACCAGAUUCACACGCAGAAGGAACGGCGUCUCCGGAGAUGAUGUUAUCAGCCCAUGGUGACGCUUCGGGACAGCAGCGAGCUGCAGCACACGCCUUUGCACUACCACCGCCUGUACAUCAGCAACAGCCACAGCAACCCCCGCAGCAACAUCAUCAUCACAGGUUACCCAAUCAGGCAGUCAUGCAUACGAUGCAGCAACCUGGGGGCGAUGUCGGCUCUACCCCUGCGCCUUCCGGACUGCCGAGUGUGGUGGGACAAGCAGGCAUGCCUGACCCUGCACCCCGUCCGCGUGGGCCAAAGCUUAAAUUUACACCAGAGGAAGACGCAUUACUGGUGGAAUUAAAAGAGCACAAAAACUUGACCUGGAAGCAAAUAUCCGAUUUCUUUCCAGGAAGAACAAGUGGGACUCUACAGGUGCGCUACUGCACGAAAUUGAAAGCCAAGGACACGGUUUGGACAGACGAAAUGGUUCAGAGGUUACGAAAUGCAAUUCAGGAUUAUGAGAAUGACCGUUGGCGGAUUAUAGCUGGCAAAGUCGGACAUGGCUUUACCCCGGCAGCUUGCCGAGAAAAGGCAACGGAGUUAUGA